CCCGAAACGGAAACAGAUUUUCUGGGCGUACUUCCAUUCUCCCAAGUCAAGCAAAAACAGUUCAGUACCGCUCGACUUCCAUCUCAGAUCUGUUCUUCGAAAGUUUGGCCGCCAAAUUCCGCCAAAUUCACUGAGGCUAAAGCUUCCGAUUCAGUACUGAGAACUAGAGCUAAUAGCCUCGUCAAUGGCGGCAAGGAAGCCUGGUUUGAUUGCUCUCUUUGAUGUCGAUGGUACACUCACUGCGCCCCGGAAGGUGGUUACUCCAAAAAUGUUAGAGUUCAUGCGGGAGCUGAGAAAGGUGGUCACAGUUGGUGUUGUUGGAGGAUCUGACCUCAUUAAGAUAUCAGAACAGCUUGGGAGUUCUGUUAUAAAUGAUUAUGAUUAUGUUUUCUCUGAGAAUGGACUUGUAGCACAUCAUGAUGGGAAGCUCAUUGGCACUCAGAGCUUGAAGUCCUUUCUUGGAGAUGAAAAACUCAAGGAAUUCAUUAGUUUUACUCUCCACUACAUUGCGGACCUGGAUAUCCCAAUAAAAAGGGGAACAUUCAUUGAGUUCCGCAGUGGCAUGCUUAAUGUGUCACCAAUUGGAAGGAAUUGUAGUCAGGAAGAACGAGAUGAGUUUGAAAGAUAUGACAAGGUUCACAAGAUACGGGAAAAAAUGGUUACAGUGCUUCGUGAAAAAUUCGCACACCUUGAUCUCACCUUUUCCAUUGGUGGCCAGAUCAGCUUUGAUGUUUUCCCUCGUGGCUGGGAUAAGACGUAUUGCUUGCAAUACCUUGAUGGUUUUAGUGAAAUUCACUUUUUUGGUGACAAAACAUACAAGGGAGGAAAUGACUUUGAGAUUUUUGUGUCUGAGAAAACUGUUGGUCACACAGUGACUAGCCCAGAAGACACGGCCAAGCAGUGUACAGAGCUGUUCCUAUGCUAGGAAAAUGGAGGCCUCAGCAAAUUCGUUCAUCAGCAAGUGAUUUGUAAUAGGGAGAGAAUGCUUGUAGCUAUGUUGUAUCCUUAAGCAAACUUUACUCAUCAUUUUAUCAUAUUUUCAGUUAAGUAAAAAAAGCAUUUCAUUUUGUAAUCGUAAAAAAUAUUUAGUUUUGUAAUCUUCUCAAUAAAUUAAAAAGCAUUUCGUUUUAUGUCA